CGAUCACAUGCGAGGCGGGGCUGGGAAAGAAGGCAGGCAGGCAGGCUUCCCUGGGCUCCAUCCCUCCUCCAGACAGAGCAGCCAAGGGAGCGGCUGGAGGAAGGCAGCAUGGCCAGCCUCACCGUCUACAGCACCUCCGUCACUGGCUCCAGGGAGAUUAAAUCCCAGCAGAGCGAAGUGACCAGAAUCUUGGAUGGGAAGAACAUCAAAUACAAUCUUGUGGACAUCUCCCAGGAUAAUACCUUGCGGGAAGAGAUGAGGACCAAAUCUGGCAACCCCAAAGCCAUUCCUCCCCAGAUUUUCAAUGGGGACCACUACUGUGGGGACUACGAACUCUUUGUGGAAGCAGUGGAACAGAACACUCUGCAGGAAUUCCUGAAGUUAGCCUGAGCAUGGGCCUUUCCCCCAACCCUGUCCUUUUCCUUUCUUUUCCAAAAACUCCUUUAUCCUGGACUUUCAAGUCUACAUUCCAAAUGGAUCAUCUCAUAGCCCCUCCGCCUCCCCAAAACCAUUGGCAAUCCUCUCCUUGCCUUCUGCAAAUCCCCCCACCCCAACAGCUGCCUCUGAGUUUUGUUGCCUGCUUUACUCUCAGUCUGAUCUCAAGACUUUGCAGCUUCCUUUGAAUGCAGCUGAGCCUUGUUCCUCGUGCCUCUGUGGAUAGAGAAAUCUUCCACUCAAGGACAUCAGAAAACAGAGGUUUCCUCAACCUCUCUCUUUAAUAAUAAUAAAAAAUCUUUCUCAAGGUGAACCUGCCCUUGAGAGGAAAAGGGUGGGCCACAGCUGCCUUCUCUCUUAUCACCAAUUGCCCUUCAAUGUGCAAACGCUGGUUUCUGCACUUCAUUUGUCAUUCCUACCCAGGAAACAAGAGUAGCAGACACACCUGCUCUUAUUUUUGUUAAACAGCAAUGCAAAAGCACUGCACAAGCCUGUGUGUCGAAGUUUCUUUUUCAGCCAGUCAAAUGGGAUGGGCGUGCAUACAUAUCUGUCUUAAAACUACUUCAGUGCAGCUCAGGUUCUCUUAGGAAAGUGGUUUUCCAGAAGCUGGGAAGAGCAGAUCUUAUAUUCCAUUAUUGCAUUCUCGCCCCUCAGUGGGAAAACUCACCAGGUGAAGAGAGAAGUGCGUGUGAUCUGAGGUCUGCUCUUGCAUCAGCCGUUUCACACUUUCCCAAGUGGAACUGGCCUUUUGCAAACAUGGACCAAGUGCAUUUUUGUUUGUAUUUUUUUUUCUUGCUAAAAGCAAUUUGUAAGCAGCCAUCUCUUCUGAGAUGCUAUUAAAUGUUGCUAAAAACCUC